GGUUCCGGGAUGGCCAACGACGACCGAGAGUAGCCGCCGGUGCGCCUGCUAUUCUAGAACCGGCGGUGCGUGCGCCUCCCUUUCUCGCCGCACGUUUUGGCUUUUUCCCAGCAGCAGAAGCGUAGAAAGGGGCGCGCACAUGCGAUGCGCGGAGGCUGACCGAGCCCCACACGCCGAACGGGAGAAGAAGAGCGGAGCCCCCACCUCCCGGCCAGGUGGGGGGGGGGGGGGGCAGGGUUCAACUCCCGUCUCGUCCUCGGGUCCGACGCGUGCCAGACCAAGAGUGCGCUCCCGUCCCGUCCCUUCCGCCCAGUUUCCACAAGUCGCCGUCGCGUCGCCUACUUUCCCCCGCCCGGUGGCCUCGCCUCGCCAGAAGCCGCCAGGCGCCGGCAGAAGCCCCAGCAUCCGCGCUUCGACGGACCAGAUCCGCCCGCACCUUCUCUCGUUCCCUCGCCGACGCCUCUACGGGCGAAGGCGGCUGCGAGCGCCGGCCCAGUUCUGGGUGGGAGCGUGGCGGUGUUGUUGUUAGCGGUGGGGGUGAGGGGAGGAGGUGCUUGGUGGAUGCGCGGUUGCUCGCGCCGGGGUUAGCAGAGCGAUUGAUUCAGUAACUGGUUUUGGUUCUCCUGCGGCGCGGCGAUGGGGUGCUUCCAUUCCACGGCGAAACGGCAACACCCUGGCUACGAGGACCCCGUGCACCUCGCCUCCCAGACAUCCUUCAGCGUUAGUGAAGUUGAGGCUCUAUUCGAGCUGUUCAAGAGCAUAAGUGGUUCGGUUAUCGACGAUGGCCUCAUCAACAAGGAAGAAUUCCAGCUUGCUUUAUUUAAAAACCAGAGGAAGGAAAACCUUUUUGCCAAUCGGAUAUUUGACCUUUUUGAUGUCAAGAAAAGGGGUGUCAUCGAUUUUGGUGACUUUGUCCGAGGUCUAAAUGUAUUUCAUCCAAACAUCCCAAUGGAAGAAAAAAUUGAUUUCUCGUUCAAGCUAUAUGAUAUGGAUGGUACAGGGUUUAUUGAGCGGAAGGAGGUGAAACAGAUGUUAAUUGCCCUUUUAGGGGAAUCAGAAAUGAGAUUAUCUGAUGAGAUUGUUGAGACAAUCCUGGACAAGACAUUUUCGGAUGCUGAUACAAAUCAGGAUGGGAAAAUAGAUAGAACAGAGUGGGAGACUUUUGUCACAAGAAACCCCUCCUUGAUGAAGAUAAUGACCCUGCCAUACCUCAAGGACAUAACAACCACAUUCCCCAGCUUUGUGUUCAAUUCCGAGGUUGAUGAUCUCGUUACAUGACUACAAUUCUCUCAUUGAUGCACACGAUAUAUGUCAGCUCUCCGUGGUAUCAUGACAUGGAGGGUAUAUUCUUGCGGCUGACACUAAGGGUGCGUCAAAUUUGCUGCCACAGACAGAUGUACGUAACGUGUGUGAUAUUGUAGUUUUCACGCAAGACGCUAAUGCCUUUUGUUUUGGUGAUUGAGAAUUAGUUUCAGAGAUGGAACAUUUUGUUUCUGUUUUCAAACCGCAAUUUGCCUGUGUUUGUGGUUUAUAUGUCAGUAGUAGCACUGCGAUAUUUCCUUUUUC